AUGUCGAAACAUCUGCACUUUGUCGAGGAACCUACCAGGUUAUCAAAGAACCGAAAGAAGAGAGGAAACGUGUCUGCAGGUCACGGUCGUGUCGGCAAACAUCGUAAGCAUCCUGGUGGUCGUGGUAAAGCCGGUGGUAUGCACCACCACAGAAUCAACAUGGACAAGUACCAUCCUGGAUUUUUCGGAAAAGUCGGUAUGCGACGAUUCCACUUGACAAGAAACGCAGACUACAGACCUGUCGUCAAUGUCGAAAAACUAUGGACUCUGAUUCCAGAAGAUGCUAGAGCAAAGGCUCCAGCUGGUCAAGUUGUUAUUAUUGAUACCUUGGCUGCUGGAUAUGGCAAAGUAUUGGGCAAAGGUGUUUUACCACAAACACCAUGUAUUGUACGAGCCAAGUUUGUAUCAAGGAAGGCUGAAAUCAAGAUCGUGGAAGCCGGUGGUCGUGUCGAGCUAAUUGCUUAA